AUGUGUAAACACAUACUCAACGCCCAGGUUUCGAUCCGCUCGCCGUGCUGCAAACAAUGGUUCGACUGCGCCGAAUGCCACGCCGAAACGCAAGACCACACCCUCAAACAAACGAUGGAGAUGGCUUUCGCCUGCAAAAAGUGCAAAAAGUGCUUCCGCAAAGACAUGACCGAAUUCGAGGACAGCGACGAGUACUGUCCCCACUGCGACAACCACUUUGUGAUUGAGGCCAAAGAGCCCAAGGCGAGAUUGGAGGUUGAGGGCGAGGAUAUCAGAAAAGAUGCAAGGAUGAUCAAGGAUGAGAGGAUCAAGCCCAAGGAAGACUUGACCAUCUGGGACGAUGAGCUGGAGGCCGCGAGGCUUGGGUAG